GGUUAAUUGCAGUUAGUUUCAUCCUUUCUGAUUUGUCCACUGCAAAACCCUAAUAUGUUAGAUGUGUUGUUGAAUUUAAGCUGGUCUGGUGGGUUUUGAUCUGAUUCAAAGUCUUGAAAAAUUCUAAUGAAGUUCAAAUCAAUGCUUAUUUUCCUGGGAAAACUUCAUUUUUGGAGUCCAGGUUUUUUCUGGAUCUUAGACCUGUUGUGGUUACUUGAGAUAUACUAUGUACAAGAUAUAUAUAUAUACACACACACAUACAUAGUUGGGAAUGAAAAUUUUUGGGAGCAACCACUUUGUCUAUAUAUUGUCAAAGGUUAGGACUGUCUCCGGUCCUACCCCGCCAAAAUACCCCCCUCGAUUGGUAAUGUUUGUUGUUAUUGUGUGGAUGAGAACUGAUAUUAAACUGAUCUAAGUGAUUGUGUCCAUUUUGAUCUAUUCCGGAAGCGGUGCGGUGCGAUGAGUAUGAUUUGCUUUUUGUUUUACUUGUGCUAUAGCUUCUGAUAUAUGUGUAAAGGGCGUAGUUUCCGAUUUUAACAUAUGUGGGCAAAGUGGUCAUGCUUAUUUGGAACUGUAAAAUUUACGGAUUUUUUAGCUAGUUUUUGAGUCAACUGUUUGACUAUCACCCAGCCCACCUGAUGGGAUCAUGCCAAACAAUCUGUUUCAAUGUCCUAUAUUACGUCCGAGUUUUGAUCCUUAAGCAAGUGUAAGAUGCAUGCCCAAGGUGGAGACAAUGAUUUUAACGAAGCAGUAUCGCUGCAUACACUCAACGAGCUGUGCGUGCACGAAUGGGCAUCUAAACGAGGAUGUGAUCUUCCUAAUUUUUCGGCACUUAAACUGGAACCCAAAGUUGAUAGCCGCCUUCUCUUGUGCAUGCAAAUGGUUUGAUGAUGUUGCUAAAAGAGCACUGUGGAAGGAGUUUUGUCGGGUAAGAGCUCCUAAGAUGAUGCUUGAUCUGCAAUCUAGUGGGAGCCACAGUGUUGAUGGGAACUGGAGGGCACUUGGGAAGCUGCUUAUUUACUGUUCUGGAUCUUCCAAGGGUGGCUUGUUCAAUAAUGUCCAUAUCCCUGGCCACUUUGUUUAUAGGACCCGGUUUUCUAGGACUUCAGGGAAAAGCUUUCUUUUACCGCAAUGCAGAAGUGAUGUUCUUUAUGUUUCAGACCCUUGUGAGCAUCUUGACCAAGGGGAAGAGGGAGAUGUGGGGUUUUUCCGGGGGAUUUUCAAGUCAUUUGCAAUGUCAAAAGUUCGGAAGAUGCUGAUCAGUAGGGGAGCCCAGCUUCACCCAUCAGAGGUGUGCCCCUAUUGUAAAGCGAAACUGUGGAGCAUGCUGCAAGCAAAAAUGGUACCACAGAGUGCUAGCUGCAGAUUAGUUUCUUACGAAGACUGUGUAGAGUAUUAUGUGUGCCUUAACGGGCACGUGCUUGGAAUCUGCACUCUCUUGCCGUUAUCUGAUUCAGAGGCAUCAGAGUUGGAGGAUACUUGAAGUGAACCAAGAGAUGUAUAGAAGUUCAUGUAUACUACCAAGUCAAGGUUUCCCGAGGUGAACCUUCUCUUGCUGAAGAUCACAGCAAGGAAGCUCAGAUUGUCUGGUACCUAGGUUCGAUUAGCUUCAGAGAGAUAGAUGUCAGUAACACAAAGCUGUUGUGAGUUGAGGUUGGGCUGCUUGACUUGUUUUAGCUCUGAGAUUCAGCACCCAUAGUGGACAGAUAGUACCUCCUCGUCGAAGGUCAUUUUCCCAAAUGGUUUUUUCACGUUGCCUUGCCACUUAUUCAUGCGUGUUUGUUUCGGUUAAUGUGGUGGGCACCGUCUUCCUAAUGCAAACGCAUAAAACUGAAUUCAACAAAUGGCCAAACCUCCCUUCUCUGCUUUCGCUGUUCUCCUUUUAUAUGGCGUUUUUCAAUGAUUCGUGC